GCGCGCCCCCGGCCCGGCCCGUAAAGAGAGAGAGGGAGAAGAGGGACGGAGAGAUCGCGGCGGGGCCGGGCCGAGGGGCCGCCAUGGAGGCCGAGCCAGGCCCGCCCCAGCUGUGGCUCAAGCGGCGCCGCUGCCUUCUCAGCCUCGACCGCCCGCGGGCGCUGCUCGUUUGGGGGCCCGCCCCGGACCCGGGCCGGGGCCCGGCCGCAGCCCGAACCCCGGGGCCAGAUACCUGUUCAGUUCCUGUUUCGGAGAUUAUCACUGUAGAAGAAACUGAGAUUGAUGAGAAGCACUACCAUAGUGGAAAAUGGCAAAAAAUGUCAAAGCCUUAUGCCUUUACAGUGUACUAUGUGAAGAGGGCACGGCGUCACCGCUGGCGGUGCAGUCAUGUGACCUUCUGGGGCACGGAUGAAAUGCUCUGUAACCAGUGGAUACAGACGCUCAGAGAGUUGCUUGAGAAGCUGACAUGUAGACCAAAGCACUUACUUGUGUAUAUUAAUCCCUUUGGAGGAAAAAGACAAGGCAAGCGAAUAUAUGAACAGAAGGUCGUGCCGCUGUUUAAUCUAGCGUCUGUCACUGCUGAUGUCAUUGUUACUGAACAUGCUAACCAUGCCAAGGACAGUUUAUUUGAAAUUAAUAUUGAGAAAUAUGAUGGAAUUGUCUGUGUUGGUGGAGAUGGCAUGUUCAGUGAGGUGCUGCACGGCCUCAUCGGAAGGACCCAGAAGGAUUGUGGCAUAGACCAGAACAAUCCCAAAGCGUCCUUAGUCCAGUGCAGUCUCCGAAUUGGGAUAAUCCCUGCAGGUUCAACAGAUUGUGUGUGCUAUGCCACAGUUGGUGUCAAUGACCCAGUGACGUCAGCAUUACACAUCAUUAUUGGGGACUCUCUGGCUAUGGACGUGUCUUCAGUGCAUCACAACAACACGUUUCUGAAGUACUCUGUGUCCUUGCUGGGCUAUGGUUUCUACGGAGACGUAUUGAGGGACAGCGAGAAGAAGCGGUGGAUGGGCCUCAUCCGAUAUGACCUCUCAGGUUUUAAGACCUUUCUCUCUCAUCACUGCUAUGAGGGCACAGUUGCCUUCCUGCCGGCCCAGCACACGGUGGGCUCUCCAAGAGACAAGAAGCCCUGCAGGACAGGGUGCUUCAUCUGCAGGCAGAGUAAGCAGCAACUGGAGGAGGAGCAGAAAAGAUCCCUGUAUGGCUUGGAAAAUACAGAAGAAGUAGAAGAGUGGAAGGUUAUCCAGGGGAAGUUUCUGGCAAUCAACGCGGCAAACAUGAGCUGCGCCUGUCCGCGGAGUCCCAAGGGCCUGUCCCCAGUUGCCCACUUGGCGGAUGGUUCCUCAGAUCUCAUCCUGGUCCGCAAAUGUUCCCGCUUGAAUUUUCUGCGGUAUCUCGUCAGGCACACCAAUCAAGAUGACCAGUUUGACUUUGCAUUUGUGGAGGUUUACCGGGUGAGGAAAUUUCAGUUUACGUCAAAGCAUUUGGAAGAUGAGGACAGUGACCUCAAGGAUUUGGGGAAAAAGCGAUUUGGGCAGAUCUGCAGCAAUCAUCCCGCCUGCUGCUGCACUCUUCCUAACAGCACCUGGAACUGCGAUGGGGAAAUUCUGAACAGUUCUGCUAUUGAAGUCAGGGUCCACUGCCAGUUGCUGCAGCUCUUUGCCCGAGGGAUCGAGGAGACCCCGACGCAGGAAGCCCUCAGCUGAGAGCCUGCUGUCGGCCAACAUCUUGCGGUGCAGCCAGCGCUUGUGCAUUUUCACACAUAUUUAUUAGAAUAUUGCAGACCAAUUCUGUUGGUGCAUACACAUUUGAGAUUUGGAAUUUAUUUUUGAUAGUUAAAUGUUGAUUUUAGAAAACUGCCUUUUUUCAACAGUGUCUGUGCAUCCUGAGCAUUUUACCAGGUGGUCAUCAGGCCUGAGGGUGGGGAGGAGAAGGGCCACCCAAGGUCUCCAUGAUGCUGGCCAGCGCCUCUCUGAGGGGCCUCAGAUGACGUGACUCCUGUCCAUUGGUCAGGCCGGGGCUCAGCAUCUCCAAUACCUGGUGACAGCCAAGGGUCCUCAGAGCAGACAGGCCUCAUGUUGGCGGUGACCAGGGUGUAGAAGGGGGGACCCUGGAGGCCUGUGUUUCCUGCUCUCCUGAUUCGGGGUCAUGGUGGUUUUCCUUGAGCUUCCCCACCCCGUACAACCUGCCAUGCAGGAAAUUCUGGGCUCUGACAGGUCCUAGUCCUUAAACAGUCGUCACUCAUGAUUCCUCUUGCGUGUCUCAACCAUGUCUUUCAACAUAGUGUUUUCAUAAAGACCAUUUCAGCUGAUGGCGAGCACCACAGGGUAUGUUGGCACAAAUAGGUCACAGAUGGCUUGGCUCUCUUUUUUGGGGGCUUGGCUCUUCAGGUAGAAAACGAGGCACUAGCAAACUUUUCAUUUUGAAAGAAAACCUAACUUUUGGAUUCCAGAUGUCGGUGUGUUGUGUUGAUGAAGGCCAAGGUUCAAAUAACUGGCAUUGCGCUGCUUGAGAAGAAGUGGGAGGAAGCCACUGGGCAGUGGCUCAUUGAGUAAAUCAAAAGUUCACUGUGUGAAUUGUUUAUUGUUAAUGAAAUUAAUUGCAAAAGAGGAGUGUUCUCGACAAACGUGCAAUUGUUAUUCUCCAGCGUAUGUCCAUUUGCAUUAGCUUUGUGUGGGUCUGUGCAAACAGGCCUGGUUUGUUUGAGUCUUAUCUGCCUUGCUCAUUUCCAUAUAUUUAGUGGAAAUUUUGUCCUUUUCAGCUCUAGUACUGUAUGUUGGGGCCCGGGGAGGGGGUUCAGUGUUUGUGUUUUGUCGGACAAGCCGUGAUUAACUGUUCAUUUACUGCAGAAGCACUUGAAAGUACAAUUAUCAGAGGAAACAGAUUUUUCAAUGAAGGCAUUCCUAUUCAAGGAGCAGCAUAAUUACUGAAUUGUGUCCUAGAUCAUUGUUUUAUUCUUAUUCAUAGUUAUGAAUAUGAUAAAAUGUAUGCAAAGUAGUCUCUUUUAAACACAAGAAGAUGAGCUUAGAAUUGUGUUCUCCUAGUGAAAUACUUGACAUAGCUUUUACAAAAGUAGCCUAUUUUCUAUACUCUUCUAGAGUCCGCAAUGGAUGGGUUUUUACCGAUUCAAUAAGGUAUUUAGACAUAUUGAACAUACGUCACAUAAUAUAUAUUUUUAGAAUUGACUUAGAACUAUUUAGUCUUCCAAAGUAGACAUCAGCUUGCCUGUUGCAUCAUCAGGUCCAACCCUGAGAAGCAGAGGGACCCUCUUAGAGGGGAUUUCAUGCAAACAUGAAGGAGCCAAGUGGCCAUCAUGCUGGAGUUAGGUGUUUAUCUAAACAGGCCACAGCACGGGGAGGGGCUGUGUCUCCUCCUUGGACCUUCCCUUUGGCUCUCCUUUUCUUCUGCCCAGAUCUCUGUGUGCCCAGCACGGCGGGCACCCGGGCAGUACUUGAGGAGGCCUGGCCGGCCCAAAGGCAACGUCCUCGGAGGCUUUCGGUCCUGACCCCAUCGGUCGUCUCGUCCAUCCUGGCCCCGGGAUGGUCACGGCCCCCAGAGUAGCCGUGACCCAUGUUCCCAUUCUCAGUGACUGCCUUUAGGGGCUGCCAAGGCAAGUUCUGCACUUGGACAAGCAGCUCAGCUUGCUUUCACUCUUUCCUGCUGGCUCCAGAGGAGUCUGCAAAGGGGGUGUUGCCCCUGCUCAGAAAUCCAGGCUACUACUGCUUGGCCUUGCCAGUUUAGGGUGAUAGUUUGAACUGCUAAUAGAGGAAGCACUUGGUCCACAGGAAGGCCUGGUCUACAUUCCCGAUGCUGCCAAGGUGGCAUCAGCCAGUUUGGAACAUGCCCUCACAAAUUCUGAUUUUGUUUAAAGAUUGAGACUGGACGUUCCUUUCCCCUCUAUCACAUUGGAAAUAGUGGAACCUCCCUGAAGGUUCUUGUGGGAUCUAAACCCCUGACGUUUGGCACUUGUGAGGAGAACUGUGGCUUUGCCUGUCGGUGUGCUGGUAACAGCAGCGCCACCUCGCACUCAGGCCACGCUCUGUGUAGGACAGGGCUCCAUAUGUCUGCACACGUCUAGCCCGUCCCUUCCUGGUCAGUGUCUUCUGUGGCGGGUGGGCAGCCAGCAGACGGGGCUUGCCUCCAGCCUCUCUGCCCAACCUUGUCUUGCCCCUGGACCCCAGGGCCACCUCCCAGGGGGCUGUCAGCAGAGGACGGGCAUCUCAGGAGGGGAUGGGCUGGACAGGGUUUGACACAAGAGCAGGUGGCAGCAUGUUAGGAAAGGGCUUGGCAGGUUGUGCCCGAUUUUAUCUAAAAACAAUUAUGAAUUUAUUCCUUAAGUACAAUCAUGGGAAGAAAGAAAUCACUGAUGGAAAAACUUAAGUUUAAUUUUCUGUCUAAUCUUGCUGGUUUCAAGAUUAGAAGAGGGUAUACUUAAUGUUGUGGUGUAUUGAGAGGACUUUAACAAAUAAAACUAUGUUGGACAGAA